AAGAGUGAGAGCGAGAGAGAGAGAGAGAGAGAGAGAGAGAGAGAGAGAGAGAGUUCAGUAUCGUAUCACUCCCUUGGAGCUCUACAGCUGAGCUCACCGGAAGAUUGUCUGGGAGGAGAGAAGGAGAGAAAAGAGAGGGGGAGAGAGCAAACGAUAAAUUUUGUUUGUGGCGGGGGAACGAGCGAAUGAGUGGAAGAGAAAAGGCGCAGAGAGAGAGAGUGAGAGAAAGAUAGAGAGAAAGAGAGAUAGAGCGUGUGAUGGAUGUGUGUGUGUGUGUGUGUGUGUGUGUGUGAGAGAGAGAGAGAGAAAACGAUGUGAGAUAUGCUGAACCUGACGAAAUGCGCUGGACCGUCCUAACAUUCCCUCGCUCCCUCCCUCCUUCCCUCCCUUCUUCCCUCCCUCCUCUUCCAGCCGGCUUCUUUGUCACUGACCCUGUUCAAGAUGCUCUCAGUGUGUGUGUGUGCCAUGUGAAAGUGUCUCCGCAUCGCUUGCGCUCAGCCGAACGCAUUCGCACUCGCAUGUUCACACACACACUCUGGGAGAAAAAGAAGAAAAGGAAGAAAAAGAAGAGGAGGACUGAUCAGGAUUAAGGCAGGAACAACUUUACGCUGCUCUGCCAUGGACUGAGCGGUGUGGACCCUGUCCUGAACGCUGUCCCGGACCCUGUCCUGAACGCUGUCCUAGACGCUCGCACCUCCACAUCUUCCAGCUCCUCCACUCCUCCACAUCUCUACAGCUUCAUCAUCCUCGUCCUCACCGGCCGUCAUGCAGGUGUCUAUUGCCUGCACUGAGCACAACCUGAAGGGUCGGAAUGGAGAACACGGCAAGCAGAGUGCCACCAGCCCCAACGUGGUGAACGCAGCUCGUGCCAAGUUCCGCACGGUGGCCAUCAUCGCGCGCAGCUUCGGCUCCUUCACUCCGCGACACCACAUCUCUCUGAAAGAGUCCACGGGAAAGCACACGGGAAUGAAAUACCGGAACCUUGGGAAGUCUGGAUUGCGUGUAUCGUGUCUGGGACUUGGAACCUGGGUGACUUUUGGAAGUCAGAUAUCCGAAGAGGUAGCAGAACAGCUGAUGACCAUAGCCUACGAGAGUGGUGUGAACCUGUUUGACACGGCCGAGGUUUACGCUGCAGGAAAAGCUGAAGUCAUCCUGGGAAAUAUUAUCAAGAAAAAGUGCUGGAGGAGAUCCAGUUUAGUGAUUACGACGAAGCUCUACUGGGGAGGAAAAGCUGAGACUGAGAGAGGCCUUUCCAGAAAGCAUAUAAUAGAAGGUCUCAAGGGCUCUUUACAGAGAAUGCAGCUGGAGUACGUGGACGUGGUCUUCGCCAACCGUCCUGACAGCAACACGCCGAUGGAGGAGAUCGUAAGAGCGAUGACCCAUGUGAUCAACCAGGGGAUGGCUAUGUACUGGGGCACAUCCCGAUGGACCGCGAUGGAGAUCAUGGAAGCGUAUUCGGUGGCGAGGCAGUUUAAUUUGAUCCCCCCAGUGUGCGAACAAGCCGAGUAUCACCUCUUUCAAAGAGAGAAAGUGGAAGUGCAGCUGCCUGAGCUCUACCACAAGAUAGGUGUAGGAGCCAUGACGUGGUCCCCUCUUGCCUGUGGAAUCAUCACCGGAAAGUACGAAAAUGGCAUCCCAGAGUCCUCCAGAGCUUCGAUGAAGUCGUACCAAUGGCUGAAAGAGAAGAUCAUGAGCGAGGAUGGAAGGAAGCAGCAGGCUAAGCUGAAGGAGUUGGCUCACAUUGCAGAGAAGCUUGGCUGCACACUUCCACAGCUGGCUGUGGCCUGGUGCCUGAGAAACGAAGGUGUGAGUUCAGUUCUCUUAGGAACCUCCAACCCACAACAGCUAACAGAAAACCUGGGAGCCAUUCAGGUUCUACCUAAGAUGACGUCUAAUGUCGUGACUGAAAUCGACCACAUACUUGGAAACAGGCCGUACAAUAAGAAGGACUAUCGCUCGUAGGGGAUUAGGCGUCGUCAGGCCGGUGUGUUUCUUGAUCUCAAAACCUGUCUCCUCCUCCUCUUCCUGUUCCUGGGUUUGCUCUCUCAGCGUAUGGGAGAGAGCCUCGCCUCGCCUCACCUCGCCCGUCUUCUGUUUGUGCAUGCCCCCUUUUCCUGGCUGACUCAACAGCCGCAAAUCACCAUGACGACAAACUCUACGAAUAUAAAACGACGCACGAAAAUAAAAGAAACGUCAUGUAGCAAAGGAAGUGCAAUGCUCCGAGAGACCUGUCAACCCCUGACAAGUCUUCCGCUCGUGGAGCUGGGAGUCAAGGGACGUAUGCUGGAGACCUGGAGAUUGAAGAGACAGGAGGUGUGGAGAACAUCUCCCUCUGCUGUUCCAAUAGGAGAACUGCAGCCUUGCUUACGAGAAACUGAAACGGAACGAGGCAUCCUGUUACACGCAUCCAUACUGGUCUUUGCUUGUUUAGCGAAAGCCUGCAUUAGUAAUUGCAUCUGAUUAAAGAAAAGCCUGUUUUCUUUUUUUUUCUUUUUUCGAGAGCACAAAUAGUGUGACACUGAUCACAAUGCUUUUAGCAGAAAACUGAAUGGCUUCGGAGCUUAAAAUAAAUUAGUGCAAAUUUGAACAAAAAGCCAGAACGCUUAAUUAUCAGGUCGCUUACCUGGAGGAUGUUUUACAUUUCUACCACAUCAAAUUAGAUUCCAGAUUGACGGCAUUGUAGAAUUAACUCGAUAUAUGUAAAUAGUGCAUCCUGAACAACACACACACACACACUCACAGUUAUACACUGUGAGAACUUUUACCACUAUGGUCUUGUUUGUGUUUUUUUCCCCACGGUUCUUUUCGCUCAUAAGGAUGAAGUUCAACUCAAUUCAAUACCUUUGUUUAAAUGCAGAUUGAUAAUCCAUCGUUCUGAUAAUCUGAUUAACAAUGAGAGAGUAUCGCACUGUCAAGAAUUCAACACUUUUCGAGAUGCACAUGCAUGUUCCUUUUGUUCCUAUGCAUUUAACAAUAUAAAGAUGUCCUUUGACCAAACAAAUCUACAAAUGUCCAGACUUUAUUUUCAGUGAAAAAUCCUCCCUCAGCAUGAAGAACAGCUUUACACAAUACCAGCACCUGGACAGUUCCUUUCACCAAACGUUCAGCUGAAAUACUUUGCUGUGCCUCUUGAUAACCUCCCCAAAUAUGUUCUUUACUGGUUGGAGAUUUCUUUCUGACCUUAUGAUCCAAUCUUAGAGCAUUUCAGUAGGAUUCAGGUGCAGUGACGGGGCAGGUUGUUCUAUUAUAAAUAUCACUCCAGACGACUGUUUUCUCUCUAAAUAAUACUUAAAGAGCUCGGAUGUACGGUUGUUGUACGGUGAAAUCAGUUCCACUCGAGCUGCAUGGUGUUGAAGUGUGGAAUGUGGGCAGGAAUUGGUUCAGGAUUCCUUUCACUUUCCACUUUCACAUCUUCUCUCCUUCUUACACAAGUUCUUCUGUUAGAGACAUAAAUGUCAUAUUUGGACUCUGUAGAACUUUCUUCCGCUCAUUUAAUGUCCAAUUACUGUAUGUCUUUGCCUUUCACCAAGUUUGUUGCAUAGAAACAAUGUGAACAUUUACAGCAGACACCCUUAUCCAGAGCAACUACUAUGCUAGACAUUCACGUGUCUCAAUAACAGAAGGUGUCUCCAAACUUUUGAGCCACUAUGUGUAUUUAAAUGAAAAGAAUUCCAGGCAAGCUCAAAUGCGCAGUUGAGUCGACUCAGUUUCUGGGGAUUUUCAAGAAUGGAAAUUUAAUGGGAAUUAACGAGAAUAAACUGAGCAUUUACAAAAUUGCAGUGAGUCUAUAACAGGGAACUUAAAUAUAGUUUACUGUAUGUAAUUAAUAUUGCAGGAUUAAUCUUUGGGUAAAACAACCAGAUUGAAUGCAACUUCAUUUAAAUUUUACCUUCACAUCCAUCGAUCACAUGCACACAGCAGACUUACUGCAGGGCGACUGAGGCCAUGCCCCCUACAUGCACUGUGCAUUCAUGCAUAACAUAUAACACACCAUUUCUUAAAUCGUGCACACAAAAUAAUGUCCAAAAAUUUCCAUCUUGGCAAGUUUUCACAUAAAUUGCAUAAAUAUUAUGUUUAAAAUGUCCUUGUGCUGUGUGUAAGCUAUUGUGCAACAAAAUUGUACUAACAAUUAAGUCAAAAAUGUAAUUUUUUCAUGUCAGCUUAUGACUAAACAAAAUAUUUAUAUUUGUUUGUAUGUGUGUAGGAAAUUUCCCCGACUUUUCUAAUUACUUCCGAUCAAUUCCCAUACAUUCCUGAUUCCUAUUUCCUAUUUUGUUUCCUGUAAAACUAUUUCCAAAAUUCCUCAGAACAAGUUCCUAUAGAAAGUUUCUGGAAAUUUUUCACCACUUUGCAAACCUACUUUUUAUGAAUAAAAUGAAAUAAUGCAGUGGAAUUCAGUGAAAGUUUUUUUACAGUAGAAUUUCAUCUGAACAUCGAACUCCAAGGCAGGAUUUACUUCAGACACAAUUUCUUCUUCUCGUUAUGUGUCCAAGUGGGAAAAUUUAAAAAUUAUAAAUACGAUUUAACAUUUGUUAUCGACACUAAUUAAUUAAUUGUGUGAUUGGACACUUGGCUAGCAUGCUAACAGAGACCCUCUGAGAGAGCCUUGAGUGUGUCUUCUUGUUUUGGUAACCUUGAGACACUCAUAGACACAAUAUAUGUCUAUAUACUGUAUAUAUACUGUAUAUAUAUAUAUAUAUAUAUAUAUAUAUAUAUAUAUAUAUAUAUAUAUAUAUAUAUAUAUAUAUAUAUAUAUAUAUAUAAAAUACCAUCCUCCUCUCCUACAUUGCCAGAGGUUUUUCAUUUCUGACAUGAUGUGUGUAGAGACAUUUCCUGGAAAAUGUGUGCAUUGUUUGGUUUGUGUGUGUGGUGGUGGUGGUCCGUGAAAAACCCAUCAGUUACAACAAUAUACUUAUAUUUACUAAACUGUAUGGACAAAAGUAUUGGGACACCUGUCUUUUCCACCCAGAUGUUUUUUUCCCCAAAUUGUCAUCACAAAGUUGAAGACACACAAUUGUAAAGGACGUCUUUGGAUGAGAUAGACUGACAUUUUCCCUUCACUUGAAGUAGGAGAUCCAAACCUGUUCCAGCAUGAUUAUGAUCCUGUGCACAAACCCAGCUACAUACAGACAUGUUUAACAUGGGAUGGAGGAUGUGGACGUUCUCCUGCUCUAGAUCUCUGACCUUAACCCUACUGAACUAUUAAAUGUGAACACUGACUGCAUCCAAGGCCUCCUCAUCUCACCUACAUCAGUAUCUGACUCGACAUUACAACCACCUUUGUGGCUAAACGAAUCUCCACACGAAUCUCCACACAAUCUAGUGGAAUAUCUUCACAGAAGAGCGGAGGUUCAUAUAACAGAAAAUCGGGACUAAAUGAGAAAUCAAACAAAAGAUGCACAUACUGUGGAUUCUCUCACAGUCAUCUCAAGUGGCUCUAAAUGUAAAUAAUUUCCAGUUAAUGAGAACUUUAUCCUGAAGGUUUCCAGCAGGUCCUGAGAGCAGAAUGGGAACAGGACCACCAUGGCUGGUGCUUAAACUUGGACUUUUACCUCAGAGAUGUGAAUGAGGCUUUUAAUCGAAGUGAGAUCUCAUGCUUUGCUGUUAAUAGAUGGCCUUCUCAUUGUUAGUUGUCUAAUAGUUUUCCAAUCCUCACUUCUCACUGAUAUACAUGCAAACGAGGAACAUCUUUCAGUGUUCCCAAAACUUUGUGGACACCAGACCAUAAGAUUGGUAUGUGCUUCUUUGUGAACAUCCCAUUCCACAUUGAGCCAUCAUUUGUUGUCAUAAGAACCGCCACACUUCUUGGAAGAUGUUCCACUAGAUUUUUUGAAAAUUUGUGCUCCUUUAGCGUGUUAGUAAAGUCAGGUACUGAUGUAAGUGAGGUGAGGAGACCUGGGGGGCAAUCAGUGUUCACUUUCAAUAAUUCAAUAGGGUUGAGGAUCAGAGAUCUAGAACAAAAGAUAUUUCGUAUCUUUCAACCCAUGUAAAGCAUAUCUUCAUGGAGCUGGUUUUGUGCAUGGGAACAUUGUCAUGCUGGAACAGGUUUGGGUCUCCUAGAUCACACGAAGGGAGAAUUUCAUGCUCCAGCAUCCAAAGGCACCCUAUACAACUGUGUGCCUCCGUGUCUGUGGUAACAGUUUGUGGCAGAACCACAUAUGAGUGGAAAAGUCACGUGUCCGAAUACUUUUGGGUAAAUAGUACGGAUCUGACCAGGGGAAAAGUUUUCUCAGGCAGCUUUCACAAUAAUGCUCAUCCACACGUCCUCACAUUGCUACAGCACACCUCUGGACCGAGUGCCUUUAUAAUUACAUGCUUGGGAUUUCACACAGGGCGUCUACAUCAUACAUCAUACAUCAUACGUCCAUCAACGGCCAUGUGUAUGUGACAAAACAACCAACUCUGUAAACAAGACACAAUUGCUCUAUAGUAGUAUCAUGUGUGUCACCUGACCCCCUCCUGGAUAAACUUAGUUACUUAUGUACACAAUAUGUACAAUAUGUAGAACUCAAUUAUAUGCCUGAAAUAAAAACAAUAAAAAAUCA